AUGGCGUCUACGCCUUCAUCGGUGACGACGCCCCUGUCGGCGUGGUGGAAUAACAUGAGCCUGUCGGGCAUCUACCCUUCCAUCUCAUCCUCAACUCCUUCUACGUCGUCCUCCUCAUGGAGCUCUCAUUUUGUCUACGGAGGCGCAGCUUCCACUCCUCAACAGACUACAAUAGCCCCGUCGGCCCUUUCGUUUUCCGCCGGCUACACAGAAGAUAUCACUGUGGCCGGAGCUCUUCUGAAGGACAAAAUCAACGGGUUAAUGGAUUCACUGAUGGGGAGAGAAUCGGUGCAUUCCGGGUGUGGAUACGGGGAGGAUGGGCGGAUUGCCAUGAUGGUACAGAAUUCGAAAGGAUGAUUCUAAAUGUUGAUUAGAGCACUUGCAGGUCGACAAAGUCUAUCUGGUCGACCGUCUCGGAGCACACGAGAAUCUGGUCGGAACCGUCCAUGUCACCACCACUCACAUCAUUUUCCGUGCAGAAGACGGCACGAAAGAACUGUGGCUGGCCACGGGACUCAUUGCUUCGGUCGAAAGAGGAUCUCUGACUGCCGCCGGAUGCAUGCUCAUCAUCAGAUGCAAACAUUUCCAGGUGAGAAUCACGAGUAUUCAUGUGAAACUUGAUGAGUAUUGCAGGUCAUAACUUUGUUGAUCAGCAGAGAUAAAGCAUGUCAAGACCUAUUUGAGACGUUACAAAGAGCCGCGAAACCUGGUGAGUGAUUAAAAGGUGUCCGUCGGUCAGUGACGUGGCAUGGAGUGAUUUGGGCUCUCCGAUUGUUUAUUGAUUAGUUUGUGCAUUUUAAGUUCAGUGAGCACUCAGACUUCGCGUGGUGUUAUUCGCCCGCCGUCUAACGUCGACUGAUUGCAGUUUCAGUGAACGUUUCCGAACUGCUUGCAUUCGAGAAUCGGGAGCCGGUGGGAGACGACGCACGUGGAUGGAAGAGGCUAGAUUGGAAUGUGGAGAUGACGAGGCAGGGCGUCGCACAAUCGCAGUGGACACAGUCGGCCAUCAACGAAGGGUACACGGUGAGAACGGUUCAGGAACAGUGACCAAUUGAUAUUCUGGUUCCGUUCAGAUCUGCGACACGUACCCGAACAAACUGUGGUUCCCGACGGCCGCUUCGACAGCCGUUCUGCUCGGAUCUUGCAAAUUCCGGAGUCGUGGCCGUCUGCCCGUUCUCACUUACUUUCAUCGUCAGACGGAAGCGGCACUCUGUCGGUGCGCACAGCCGCUCACCGGAUUCUCGGCCCGGUGUGUGGAGGACGAAAAACUGAUGGAGUUGGUCGGAAAGGCGAAUCCGAACUCGGAUAACUUGUUCCUCGUCGACACUCGGCCACGUGUGAAUGCGAUGGUUAAUAAGGUGCAAGGAAAGGGAUUCGAGGACGAGAAGAACUAUUCGAACAUGCGAUUCCACUUCUUCGACAUUGAGAACAUUCACGUGAUGCGUGCCAGUCAGGCCCGUCUCCUGGACGCCGUCACAAAGUGUCGUGACGUGGCAGAGUACUGGAAGACGUUGGAGGCGUCCGGAUGGCUGAAACACGUGCGUUCCGUCGUCGAGUGCGCUCUCUUUCUGGCAGAAUCCAUUAGUCGCGGCACCUCGUGUGUUGUGCACUGCUCCGAUGGCUGGGACCGAACUUCGCAAGUGGUCGCUCUCUGCCAACUUCUGCUCGACCCAUUCUACCGAACCAUUCACGGGUUGCAAGUGCUCAUCGAAAAGGAUUGGCUCGGAUUCGGGCACAAGUUCGAUGAUCGAUGUGGGCACGUCGGAGCGCUUAAUGACGAGGCUGGCAAAGAAAUAUCUCCGAUAUUCACACAAUGGCUUGAUUGUGUCUGGCAACUGAUGCAGCAGAAACCGAGGGCGUUUCAGUUCAACGAGCGGUAUCUGAUUGAGAUGCACGAGCACGUCUACUCGUGCCAAUUUGGCACUUUUAUUGGAAACUGCGACAAGGAUCGCAGGGUCAGCACCUAUACUGAAAUUCGCAAGUGUAUUUCCUUUUACAGGACCUGAACGUCUCGAAGCGAACUAAAUCCUUGUGGUCGUGGAUGGACGCCCGCCACGACGACUACAUUAAUCCGUUCUACUCUCCCACCGCUCACGUCGCCCUCCUCGACCUUGACACUCGGGCGGCUCGCUUCACUGUGUGGACCGGCAUGUACAAUCGAUUCGACGGAGGUCUGCAGCCACGGGAGCGGCUCGAAGACAUCACUAUGGCGGCCAUGGAGCACGUAGGAGUGCUAGAGUCGCACGUCGCCCAACUCAGAAUCCGAUUAGCCGAAUUGAGAUCUCAACAGCAACAGAUUACCGCCUCGGCGACGCCCACGAACAUGGUGGACAGCGGGAUGAGCAGUGCGACGGACGAGCUGAAGAACCUCAGUCUGAGCCAUCCGCUGGACCCACUCGGCGUCAACUCGCCCGUUUUGGAAAGGGCGACGAGUCAGGAGAGCGGAGUGAUGGACUCUUCCCUCUAUUGUUCCGAUGAAGGACUAACAAAGUACUCACUCAAAUGGCAACCCCUUCGCGGAGCUGACCGAUGCUCCAAUCCGGCGUGUCGAGGAGAGUUCGCGUCGACGAUCGAACGAAGAAUUCACUGUCAUCGGUGUGGAAUGGUAAGACGAUAGAAAAGGACUCAAUCCAACUUUGCUUUUCAGAUUUUCUGCCGCCGAUGCCUCAAAGUGACUGCCGACGAGCGAGAACGUGUGUGCGAAAAAUGUAAAUCUGACGAAUAG